GGUGCGCACGAGGCAAGUGCAAAUCUGGAUCGCAGGUCACGCGUCAGGAUACACCGCUAUCGCGAGAACCUUCGGCUCUGUUCGCUGCAGGCACAUCCAUCCACCCUGCAUGGCAUGUGCAAAUGACGCUGUUGCUGCUUCUGUCGCGGGUAUUGUGUCGUGCAGCGCAACGGUCAACACAGCAUUUCUACAAUGCUCUUGAUUGGACGGUCAAAAGCAACGGACCGCUGUUGUUUUGCCGAAGGAACAGCGGCCUCCAUGAUCGCCCCUACAACCCCAGCUGUGCAUGGCCCAAAAGCGGCAUCGUCGCAGGAAUAAGACGAAACCCGUUGAUAAGGUCGUGUACUUGAACGCCUAGAAGCUCGUCAAUUGAUAGGAUAGAAUGCAAACGUAGUUGCAACUUGUAACGGUGUUCCACAAC